AACAUAUUAGAUCUACUUUGUAUUAAAGAAUAACUAAACUGUCAACUUCCGUUUUCGAAAAACUUUGUGAUAUUCUGACAUAAAAACAGAUUUUUGGUUUAUUUCCUUAAAAUUUCCUUUUCAGGAGAAAACAUGGUUGUGUGAUAAUGGGUAAGAACAAAGCAUCACAACUUGGACCACCACCUAGGUGGUUAAAUUGUCCUAGGAAGGGACAAAUCAUUAUUGACAAGUUUAUUCCAUUCAAGACACCGUUGGACAGUCGUUAUGACGAUGAUGUUCCGGAAGAAUGUAGAUUUAACUUUGAUAUGUUGUUGGAGUCAAUGAAGAAUGGCAAGAAAAAGCUUGGCCUUGUGGUGGAUCUGACAAAUACAACAAGAUUUUAUGACAGUAAAGCAGUGGAGGAGAAGGGGUGUAAAUAUGUGAAGAUGCAAUGCAGAGGACACGGAGAAACUCCAUCAAAAGAACAGACUGAGGCAUUUAUACAGUUAUGUGCUAGAUUUAACAACCAGAAACCUCUUGAAAUAAUAGGUGUACAUUGUACUCAUGGUUUUAACAGGACAGGAUUCCUCAUUAUCUCUUAUAUCAUAGAACAGCUGGACUGGAGUGUAGAAGCUGCUGUGCAGUGUUACGCUCAGGCUCGGCCACCAGGCAUAUACAAACAAGACUAUUUACAAGAGUUGUUUCAUCGUUAUGGAGAAGUAGACGAUACACCAGCAGCCCCCCUCUUACCAGACUGGUGUGAUGAAUCUGAAGACGGUAUAGAUGAUGAUGGUAACAUGAUAGGUGAAGACGGAUCAGAUCAGAAUGGCAAACGUAAACGUUUUAAAAAAGAGGUUGUGAAAAUGAAUGCCAAGUUUGUUGAUGGAGUGACAAGUGUUAAACAGGUGACAGAUCAACCUUUACUUGGACAAGUUCAACAAAAAGUUCAGGAGAUGUGUGAAUGGAAAGGGUCAGGUUUCCCUGGAUCUCAACCAGUUUCUAUGGAUAUCACAAACCUUGACUUCCUGCGGAAGAAACCGUACAAAUGUAGCUGGAAAGCAGAUGGAACCAGGUUUAUGAUGUUGAUAAAUGGUAAAGAUCAUGUAUAUAUGUUAGACAGAGAUAAUACAGUAUUCCAUGUGCCUAAUUUACAGUUUCCGAAGAGAAAAAAUCUUGAUGACCAUGUAAACAACACAUUACUAGAUGGUGAAAUGAUUCAAGAUACAGUAAAUGGGAAAAAUGUACCCCGCUAUCUCGUGUAUGAUAUAGUGAAAUUUGAGGGCCAAGAUGUUGGUAAAACAGAUUUUAAUACUAGAGUAUUGUGUAUAAAUAAAGAAAUAGUCGGUGCUAGAAAUACCAAGGUGCAACAAGGGGCACUCGAUAAAACUAAGGAACCAUUUAGUGUGCGCAUUAAACCAUUCUGGGAUGUGGUUACUGCACGAAAGAUAUUAGAUGGAGAUUUUGCUAGUCAAGUCAGUCAUGAAGUAGAUGGAUUAGUAUUUCAACCAGUACCUGAUCCGUAUCAUCCUGGUCGAUGUAAAGACGUCUUAAAAUGGAAACCCCCGGAGUUGAAUUCCGUGGAUUUUAAGUUGGUUAUAACAAUAGAUGCUGGUGGUGAGGGUAUGUUGAAAACUAAAAGAGCUUAUUUAUAUGUAACAGGACUGGAUAAACCAUUUUCAGAAAUGAAGUUUUCUAAAGACUUGAAAGAGCUUGAUAAGAAGAUUAUAGAAUGUUGUUUUGAUCCUUCAAUAAACAGCUGGAAAUUUAUGAGAGUGAGAACCGAUAAAUCAUUUCCCAACCAUUAUUCUACUGCUGUUG